GACAGUAGCGUUAUCGUUGAUAGACAGUGACACAGCACUGGAAUUGACUCCUGGCAACUUCGAGCUAGGUUUUACAUUUACUUUUUUAUUUUACAGUUAUUACUAGCAUUUUAAACAGCCUGUAGCCUGAAUUUAUUAUUUCUCACAGUUCCACCACCAGAAGGUUUAUUAAACUUUUCUUUGCCACCGGGAAGCUAGCUAGCUGGGAACUCUGUAGUGACUAAGUAACUUUCUAGAAGGUUAGCUGCAUUGUCGUUUCGAAUAAAUCGUUUUGCGUUAUCAUGGACCAAACUGAUUCUUAUCCAGUAAAACUUUACGUUUAUGACCUGUCCAGAGGGAUGGCCCGUCAGCUGAGUGCUUCCAUGCUGGGGAGACAUAUUGAUGGGAUAUGGCACACGGGUGUUGUGGUCCACGGGAAAGAGCACUACUUUGGUGGAUCAACAGGCAUCACCAAUUGUCCACCUGGAGGCACCUUGUUGGGGCCGCCUGAUUCUGUAGUAGAUAUGGGCUCCACUGAAGUGCCUGAAGACCUUUUUAAGGAGUAUUUAACUUCACUGGGAGAGUCCAAGUACAGAGGUGCCAAUUACAACUUGUUUGAGAACAACUGCAACACUUUCAGCAGUGAAGUGGCUCAAUUCCUGACAGGCAGAAAGAUCCCAUCGUACAUCACAGACCUUCCAUCUGACAUCCUCGCCACACCAUUUGGCCAGGCUCUCCGUCCCUUCCUGGAUUCCAUGGUCAUAAAUCCUGGAGGCAACAACCUGGCUGGGCAAUGAUAGACCGAGUCGUGGAUUUUAGAAGAUAACUGAUAACAUCCCUGCAUGUGGCUGGCAAGUCACUUCUAUAUUUAAUCAGCCAUCACUUAUUGUUAUUGACUUUUAUGGUGUUGUUCAACAUACUCUGAGGUGUAUGCGAGGGGUGAAGGUGUGCUAAACUCUGUGGACAGGGGACUAAAAAUGGGUCUUAUACUUGUUUGUGUACAUUAACGUGUUUAAGAUUACGUUUUCUUGGGUCAGCAGUAGUGGUGCAACGGAUCAAAAAUCUCACGGUUCGGAUCGGAUCAUGGUUUUAAGUCACGGAUCGGAUCAAUUUUUGGAUCGGCGAAAAAAGACAAAAAUUUAACAUUUACUUAUUGAAGUAUUUUUUGCCGGUUAAAAACAUUCAACUCAAGACUCAUUCCACGCAAUUAUUUAAAAAAAAUUCUGGUACAAUAUAGGGCAGUACAGUCUUUGUAUCUACCAUUUAAUUCAGUUGUAUUUAUAAAGCGCCAAAUCACAACAACAGUCGCCUCAAGGUGCUUUAUAUUGUAAGGUAGACCCUACAAUAAUACAUUAUAUCGCACUCCGCUGUGAUAUAAUGAGCUGUCACGGUCACGUGGCUUUCCGUUGCCCUGGAGCUCCACCCAUUUGUAGUAGUUAGGGCAACAGAAGAUGCCUGGGACAGUUCAGCCGUAACUUUAAACUUUUCCUGCUCAUACAUGCUUGGAACGAUCUUGCCACUAAAGUUGACGCGAACAGGAUAUCAUAGCGUGGCUCAAGCACGUUGAUCAUAGUUUAAACCCCUUGUUUUGCACAACGGAAUACGCCCUCCCGUCUGCAGCUAAACACCCCAGUAGCUUUUGUAAUAGCUUUAGCCCGGUCGGACUGGGCAGCAAAUACCGCAAACUCCUCUGCUUCUCCACUUUGACCGCUAGCGCUGGCCAUAACUAUCGCUUGACAGACCCACCACGCGGACCAUACACAUACUUUUUUUUUUUUUUUUUCGAAUCUUUGGAUCACGUCCGUGCUGAACCGUGGAGUGGGAUCGGUUCGGAUUACGGAUCAACCGUGAUCCGUUGCACCACUAGUCAGCAGGAUCACUAUACAUGCAUAUCCUCUGGAUUAGUAUUCAAAGUUGUCAUUUUAGAGGCAGGAUUCAUCCUCUCAUGCACUGCUACUUACGAGAGGCGUUUUCAACAGGUAUUGUCAUCCUCUCACGAGGUGCUCCAGUAUGUCUCUCUGUCAUUGUGGCAGUCUGUCACAAAGUUUAUUAUAGUUAGAUGACUGCUCAAAAAAAUCGAAUGAUGAAGAAUCCAUGAAUCGUACUAUCAUCACAUAACCAGCACUGGCCUUGUCUUCCAAUCCUUCUGUUUUAAUGUGUCUAAAGGAUGUCUCUGUUUUAAUCAUUCACACAGAUAAUGAGAAUUUGUAAUAGUUUUCAUGGACAGCAGAUCUUUUUGUGUCUUUCUCCAGAGAUCUUGUGAGGCAGAGAGAUGGCAUGUAAGGACUCCCAAUUUAAAAUCUGACAUUUAUGGAAUUAAAGGAAACCUUUUCUUUGAUAUUUAUCUAUAUGUGAAGUUUUUAUAGUGACUUUUUAAAAUAAAAUUAGUUUAGGAACUACUCAAAUAAGUGCCUAGUGGCAUUUAAAGAUCACUGGCAAGGCUUAUACUUCUUGCUCUAAGACUUUAUUACAAAAAAUAUUCAUGUUGAAAAUGGUGGUGUAAAGACUCUGAUUGUGUUACGCUGGUAACAAAUUGCUAUCAAAAUGCACAAAGUGCCAGGAUGUAACAGGAUACUUUAAGUUCAGUUGUUUUGGCAGAAAUCCAAAUCUGAAUUUGAGUCCAAUGCCAAAAAUGAGGUAUUUGUUCCUUAGUCUAUUGUCACAUUUCGGUCAGUUUGUUUAUUUAACGUGCCAUGCUGUGUUCUGCCUUUUCUUCAGUGUGGGUGUGAAAUCGUUUCCACUUUUUCUGUCCGUCAUCCCAAUAAUGUAAAAACUACUAACUUGAAUUUCAUGGAACUUGGUGGAGAGGGAGAAAAAAUGUAAUCUGGUGCCUUAAUUCUUUUUAUUUGUUUAUUUUUACUGUUUGUAUUCCUGUAGUUAUUAGAACAGGAUGCAUUUCAAGGCCAGCUCAGUUAAACCCGUUCUGCCGGCUCGUCAGGCUUUAAAAGUAUCGUUUGACCAAAGUUUUAUCUUCAGAAUGCCACGUCCAGGAACAUCUGAUGAACACAGGGAAUUAUAUUUUUUUUAAAUUCAGGACCACUCAGCUUUACAGCUUUCAUUUGCUUUGUCGGGUUUAGAGUUUUCUCAGUUUAUAAAGACGCACUGUUUCAUAUACACUAUGCAUAUUUGACUGUUUAUAUUUGCAUGAUUAAACCAGGCAUAGGAAAACUAUGCGUAUCAACCACUUACCUCCAUCACUGUUUUGGCAAACUGUGUUUAAUUGUUGUGUUUGGGACAUGUUUACUCUAAAUAUUGUUUAACCUGUUGCUCCUUCACCAUCCUGAUCCUGCGUAGAUCAUUAAUGCACAAGUCUCAAAAAGGCCAUCGUUUUGCUUAUAUUCAAAUAUAAAUAGGUCUUUAGUUUAUUCAGAUUGUGAAUCUAAAAUCACUGAAUUGAACCUGAAUUUGUUGAGGGGGGAAAAUGUACUUUAAAAAAAAAAAAAAAAAGAUGUUUGCUUACAAGCAGAGGGUCACACGUGGUUUAGACAAAUGUUUGUCUUAAAACGAUUAAUAUAUAUGUUCGUCUGACAUCUAAACCAUCAUAGGUGGUAUCCUGGGCUGUUUAAACUGGGGUGAUCAUUGAUGAUGAUCUAGACCUCACAAGGCAAAUGUUUAACUCUGCACUUUAUUAAAUGUGUGACAUUUUCAAAUACUAUCUUCCAUUAAAAUUGUUAUUCUCUGAAGACUU